CUUCCGCCGCUGCCGGGCGCCGGGCCUGACCAUGCGGCUCCCGCGGGCGCUGCGGCUCUGGGGGCUCGGCGUCUCCGCCGGCCUGGUCGCCGCGGCCCGAGCCCCCGUCGCCCCCCGCCGUCGCCUCCUCCAGUCCCGCCCCCCCGUGCCGCCCGCGAGUCCCCGGCUCCGCCCCGGCCUCCGCCUCCGCCUCCGCCUCCGCCUCGCGCUCGGCCCCGGGCCGCAGCGCCGGGCCGCCGCCGCCGCCUGCCCGGACGCGCCGCCCCGACGCGCCGCCGCCAUGGAGCGCCCCGGAGCCGGAGGAAUGGAGUCUAGUGAGUGUGAAAACGUGUCAAAAGAAAAGGAAGCAUUUGAAGCAGAAGAGUUUGAAGCUAGUGCUAUGGAUUCUCUGAUAGACAUGCCAUUUGCCACCGUAGAUAUUCAAGAUGAGUGUGCAAUCACUGAUGUACGUCACAUAAAUUUGGAGAGAAGUAAAGAAAAUGAACGGAUCAGUAAAGAUCAGAUAAAGAAGAAGAAAAAAAAGCAAAAAGAUUAUCAACCCAACUAUUUCCUAUCCAUUCCGAUCACCAACAAAGAGAUUACAAGAGGAAUUAAGAUCCUACAAAAUGCAAUAAUACAACAAGACAAACAACUGGCCAAAGCAAUGAUCAGUGAUGGCUCUUUUCAUAUUACCCUGCUAGUGAUGCAGUUAUUAAAUGAAGAGGAAGUAAACAUUGGUAUUGGUGCUCUUUUGGAAUUAAAACCAUUCAUAGAAGAAAUCCUCCAAGGAAAACAGUUGAUUUUGCCUUUUCAAGGGAUUGACACUUUUGGAAAUCAGGUUGGAUUUGUGAAGGUGGCAGAAGGAGAUCACAUAAACCCACUUUUGGAGAUAGCAGAGACUGCAAAAAGGACGUUUCAAGAAAAGGGCAUCUUGGCAGGAGAAAACAGGGGUUUUAAGCCUCAUUUGACUUUUAUGAAAUUGUCCAAAGCACCAUGGCUCCGGAAGAAGGGAGUGAAAAAAAUAGACCCUGAAUUCUAUGAAAAAUUUAUCAGUCACAGAUUUGGAGAAGAAAUGGUACAUCGCAUAGAUCUUUGCUCCAUGCUAAAGAAAAAACAAAGUAAUGGUUAUUAUCACUGUGAGUCUUCGAUUGUGAUUGGUGAGUUGGAAAGCCCGUCCUCUACCGUCCUGCAGAGGUACAGAAAGGAUAUACCCAGCUGGCCAAGUGGUGAUAAGAAUGGAGGUGAGCCUGAUGAUGCUGAACUGGUAAGGCUCAGUAAGAGGCUGGUGGAGAACGCGGUGCUCAAGGCUGUCCAGCAGUAUCUGGAAGAAACACAGAACAAAAGCAAGCCAGGGGAUGGGAGCUCUGUGAAAACUCAAGAGGCUGAUAGGAAUGGCACUGACAGUGACAACAACAGGAAAUGAGACCCCAAUGCAGGCAGGCCCCCCCCCCCCGCUGCUCCGUGAGAAGCAUCCGGCUCCCCUCUGCUGAGUCAACGGACUACUUUGCAUUGUGCUGUUUAAAUGUCUCUUGUCCAAGCUGUGGAGAUUGCCUAAUACUUUCGUGAUCAAUGUGUUUGCAUUUCUGAAGCACAACAGAAGAGAAUGGAGUGCCGUGGCUAGCAGAGGAAACUCACUUAUGAAAGAAUGGCCCAAGUUUCACUUACCCUCAGCCAUGGCCAAGGGAGAGGGGACUUUGGGUUAUGCCUCAUGGACUCAAAUUAAAGGCCUUGGAAGGGGCCUUGCCAUAAAUGGAAUACUGCCAUUCAUAUUGCUUAGCAGGGCAUUUGACCACUUUACCUGAGGCCAAAACACACACACAGCUAACAAGUGCUAAGUUUAAAAUAAUCACUGUUGAAAUCUUUUCCAUACUGUCAGUCCAUAAUGUCUCACACUUGUCCCAUGUCUGCUGUGGCUAUGCAGUGAUUUUUAUUUACCGUAAAUUCGUUUCAUGCAAAUUAUAUAUUUUUGGCAAAAUGCAACCUUUUCUAUAACAUGUGGGCAACAUUUUAAAGGUUUCUUUUAGCCUUCUUUUGAUAAGUCGGUGUGCCAUAUUUAAUGUUUUUCACUGGCAUUUGUAUGUAAAAUGUAUUAUAUAAUUUUUUUUUCCCCUAGGCAAGAAACCUAUUGGAUUCCGGGACUUAAUUAAUGAAGCUUUGCGUCGAGAAAGGAUGGGUCUGAAGUCCAAAGUGAAACAGAUAAAGGAACUUUUAUUAAAACCUGAGACUCAGGCCAGGAUUAGGAGG